AUGCCAUACAUUGCUCCAAAAUCAAAUCACUCACGCAAUAACCCCUCCAUCGAUGCCUCUCGCUCGGCCCUACAAUCAUCACAAUCUCCCGCCCUUUGCAUCGAACCAACUUCCUACAUUUCAACCUCUCCGAGCGUAAAACAACAUGUGUCUAGUAACAACACCACAACCAACAACAAUAACAACUCAUCCUCAUCUUCUCAUGCAUUUACCUUUCCUCCUCCUCCUCCUUCAACCCAUUUACCCUCAAAAAUCCACAGACCUUCCUCUCGAUCAUCAUCCGCUUCUCUAUGCGCUAUGGCAAAUGGCCCAACAACUCCUCUGGCCCCAUCUCUACUCCCUCUUUAUAAGCCUAAAAAAUCACACUCUCCUGCAUCUUCUCUAAAGUCGGCCUCUUCAUGCUCAGAUAUGACUACUUUUGUCGAAAAAAAACCCCUCUCGGCUCAGUUUUUAUCGAAGCAACCUCGUGGUUACCCUCAGCGCUCUCCUCCAUUGUCUCCAACCUCUCCCUCCUCCUCUGCAUCUCUCACAGCCAGCCCUUCCUUUUCAACCGACGAGUCCUCUUCCUCUGAAGCCUCCUCGACCUCUUCAUCUACUUCCUCCUCUUCUUUAUCUCUGGAUAAUGACCCUAUUUUAUUUUCAAAACUAACUCAAGCCGUUCAAGCAAUGGCCUUGGCUCAAAGCUAUCACAAUGUCGCUAUGGAAAAACGUGCUCAAGACGCAUCCGCUGCACCCUUUGUGGACUCGGAAACUUCAACUCCUCCAAACGCCUCUUGCGUUUCCCUUCCUACCAAGGAAAAGGAAGAAGUAAAGGUUGCCGAACCUGCCGCUACUACCACUACUACAUCAACAAUUACAUCAACUGACUCAACCACCACCACCACCAACACCACAUCUACUACUUCCCCUCCUGUCAAUAUUGACUCUACAACUUCUCUUUGCACCCUCACACCUUCUACACCUGUCCACAGUAGCCCUACAAUUCCUACACUGGCUCAAAAUAAUACCACCACAUCUACUGCUGCUCCUCUUCAACUCCCUUCUUCAUCAUCAACAACAACAACUCCAUUGGCUACUUCUCCUCCCCCUCCUCCUCUUCACAUUAACCUCCCAACUAGCCCCUCCCAAGUCAUUAUCCGCAAAAAGUCUGGCGAACGUGUCAAGUCGUCUCUUAAACUCCCAAGUCUUGUGAGACCAUGCAGCAUGCCAAACACCCCCUCCAAGAUGGUUCACUUUGAUACCAACUUGGUCCAUGUUCGCCACUUUUUAAACUCUGAAAAACCAACAGCUGUUAGUGCUGAUUCUUCCCCAAGUGAUGAACGUGCAAAGUUCCAUCUCAGAGCCCCAGACUCGGAAUCUGAAUCUGACUCGGAAUCUGAAAUUGAAGAAGACCCACGUGUUGGGUUUCAGCGCUUUCUUUCUCGCUCAGAGUGGAAGAUUUCCCUUCCAAAUUUUCCACAUGUUUCCCUCGAUGACAUGUCUACAAAAAAUGUCUGUCUGGAAAGCAUUUUCCUUUCCUCGGACAAGGAGAGUCUUGUUGGCCACAUUGCGGUACGUAACAUGGCUUAUCAAAAGUAUGUUUGCAUCCGCUAUACUACAGACUAUUGGAAAACCUUUACGGAGGUUCAAGCUGAUUAUAACGAUGACGUGCGCCGAAAGAAGCGUCUGCCUGGCUUUGACAAGUUCACCUUUGCCAUUAAGCUUGCUAAUAUCCCUUACAAUACUUUAACCUCUAAAUCAAUGUACCUUUGUGUUCGUUAUGCUACUGCUGGCCAGGAGUUUUGGGACAAUAACAAUUCGUACAAUUAUCAGGUUGAUUUCACCAGGGUUAGCAAGAGUAGUGGCGGGUCGUUGAGCCGACGAUCUUCAUCUUCAGGUCCUCGCCAUCGUCGUUCAAAAUCUUAUAGUGGGUCUUUCAACUCUCGAGAUGGCUCAGAUUUCUCCCACACUAGCAACCCACAAGAACUCCGCCUGGACUCGGACUUUAACCAUGACUUUGAUGCUCUCUCAUCAUCUAUAUCCAGCGUCGAUGACAUUUUGGAUGACCUUGCUCCUAAACUUAAAAAUAAUGCUGAUAACCAGCGCUCCAAUUUCACUUCGCGGUACAGCUUUGGUGCGUCGUUGAAUGCAACAAGAAAAAAGACUGACGAUAAUAAUAUUAAUACUACUACCAAUAAAGAUACCCAGAAGAAUGCUAACAACAAUAACAACAACACCACACCUAGCUCUAAUACCCCCUUUGCAUUCAACUCGCAGUUUGCUCUUCGCCGCGAAGAGUCGUCGUCCGAUUCUGAUGAUGAGGAGUAUGCCCAUUUGCCUAGCUUGGCUCAAAAUAAGUCUAAGGUAACGACUCCUUCUAGUACUGGAGCCCGCAGAUCUCCAGCAUCUUUUUCUACACACAAGCUUGCUCUCAAUGCUGGCUCGUACCAGGAACUGAUUAAGAAUUAUUGUUUUUUCCAAGGCCCCAAGAGUGCAAGUAGUAGUGGCAGCAGUACUCGCGGUAGUGGAAGUGAGACGGAAGGUACAACUGUGACUGCCGGGUCCAGUGUUCAGUCCAAGUCUCAACCACAACCACAACCACAACAACAACAACAACAGCAGCAGAAGCAGACCAAUGGUCCAUCUGCCAUGGUUGCUCACUCGGUUAGAGAGUGGCCCCAAGAGCUGUCUGUUUGA